AAGAUAUAUAAAUAUUGCACAUUUCGUCAAUCGGUGCGUGCGACGAUAAUAAACCUUCAAAACACUGAAUAUAUUUUAUGGCUACACGAAAAUGCUUUAUAAUGCAAAUCUAAGGAAACAAAGAAAACACAAUGAGCGAUUUAAUUUGCCGUAAUUCAAUAUAUACGAUAACAACCGUCUUCCUUGAUUCUGGGCGUCACGAAACAACACGUAAAAUACAAUGGCAAAGUGAUCGUGUAGCGAAGUACUUCUGCGCUAUGCGGCGUUAGCGAAAAAGUAAUACGACAUAAACGAAAUAAAUUGCGUAUUUGCAAAUACUGUCGUUCACGCCGAAAUCUCUAUAGUUUUCAAUCUUUCGAUAAGAACCUGUCUAAAAAUUCAUAGCGACUCCUAAAUUUAUCAUGGAUGUAUCUGCAUUUUCUGAAGAUACUUUCGAUGUCAAAGGUUGGAUUAAUAAAACGUUCAAGUCUACCGAGGCACAAGAAAACAAAGAUGCAUUCGUUUCAUCCUUGGUAAUGAAGCUGCAAUUAUAUGUGCAACAAGUUAAUGGUGCUUUAGAAGAGACUAGUCAGUCUGUUCUUUCAAGUUUACCAAGGGUUUUAAGAGACACACAGCUUUUGCAACAAGAAGCUUUAGCUUUAAGAGAGAAAAUGGUUGCUGUUAAACAAGAAAUAGAAAAGGUUGAAAAAGACACUGCCUCAUCAAUGGCAACAUUAGAGAAAAUAGAUAGAAUAAAAACAGAUUUACAGACUGCUAAACAAGGACUACACGAGGCCGAUAAUUGGAGUGUGCUUGCUACUGAUGUUGAAGAGGUAUUUGAAUCGGGAGAUGUAGAAGCUAUUGCAAAUAAAUUGUUCAGUAUGCAAAGAUCAUUGGCUAUGCUUGUAAAUGUUAUCGAUUAUGAAGAUAAAAAAUUACAAUUAGAAGGUUUAAAAAAUCGAUUAGAAGCCAUAGCUAGCCCAAAAUUAGUUCAGGCAUUUACUGCUGCAAAUUUGGAACAGUCGAAAGUUUAUGUGGAUAUUUUUAAUAAAAUGGAACGUUUACCACAACUUCUUAAAUACUAUCACAAUUGUUUGAAAGUAUCAUUAGCACAAGAAUGGCGUAGGACUAUUGAAUUAGGACAAGAUGAAACUGUUUCUUACUGGUUACAUACUUACUAUGAUAAAUUAUUAUCUAAUUGGAAUGAACAGGUGAAAUGGUGUCAUCAAGUAUUUCCAAAUACCUCGGUUGAUAUAAUAAUUGAGGUAUACGCUGAUCUGUUGAGAAGUUUAGAUCCAGGAAUUCCAGAAUGUAUCGAAGCACUUUUGAAACAACAUUCAAAUGCAACAAAAUUGUCUCUAUUACUUGAACUUAAACAAAUUACAAGGCAUUUUGCAGUAAAUCUACAAAGUGCAGUUGAAAUAUCAUCACAAGGAAAAUUGCAGAAUCCAAAAUUGUUAUCAUUAGCACAAGCAGUAUAUGCACCUUAUGUUCCAUAUGUUACAAAGUACAAUGUUUAUGAAACAGCUCAACUUGAACAUCAGCUGCAAUCUAUAAGCUUUGCGCAAGAUGAUCUAAGUGAUACAAUUAAUGCACUUUCCCUUAGUAUUUCAAGAGUAAUGGAAUAUGCAAAUGAAGCCAAUAAAAGAUGUAAACUCUUUACGGACGGUUGUAGUUAUCCUGGCUUACUAAAAUCUCUAACUAGUUAUUUUAAUAAAUAUCUCGAAAAAUAUCAAGCAGCUAUACGACAAUUAGAACGCAGAAAAGUAAAGCACGAGGAUUGGAAUUUAUUCCAAAUGUGCCUUACCUUAAUGCAAACUAUUGGUGACUUUCUGGGACAAAUUCAGCAAUUUGAAAAAUCUUUAGUAACUGAUAUUAUUGAAGCUAGUAAUAAGUUGCAAAGUACAACUGGUAGUGUUUUUAAUCAGUAUCAAAAAUUACUUUUAAAUACAUCAAGCCAAAAUGAACUAGAGAAUUUAACUGCAUCUUUCCUAAAAGAAGAAGAAACAAUUCUUGAUUCAAUAAUAAAAUCUAUUCACAAACAUUGUUCCGAUUUACAUCGUGCAACAUAUGAAGUAAUUUUUGCUCCUAUCCUUACACAGUUAUUACAGGUGCAAAAAGCACCAGCAUGGUCAACAGAAGCCAACAAAAUGACUCAUUUAAGUGCAGACCUACCUGAUUAUAGUUUUGCACCUCAGGAAUAUAUAACACAAGUUGGACAAUAUUUGAUGACAUUACCACAACAUUUAGAGCCAUUUUUACUUAGAGAAAAUCCAAGUCUCACUCAAGCAUUAAAAGCGGCAGAUACACAAUAUGCACAAAGUUCUACUGAAUCUGGUUUCACUGGUAUUUUAUUAGACAUUGUUGCUAAGGAAACAUGUCAAAUGUUCCUCGAUCAAACAUUAGGAAUUUGCCAGUUAAACUCUGCAGCAUGUAAACAACUUGCAACCGACAUAGAUUACCUUGGUAAUGUGUUAGAGGAACUUGGUUUGUCUUUAUCUGAAAAUCUUCAACAAAUGUCUGUUUUAUUAAGACUACCACCAGAUGAUUAUCAAAAUAGCAGCUCAGGAUGUAAUGCCAGGGUUGUAGCUGCUGUCAGACAAAUGAGGAAUAUAACGUUUUCCGGCUAA